GGAGCUCAGGCAAGGGGGCAGGUUACCCACCAGGCCAGUGGCUGAACCUGAGCCUCCACGUGCCACAAGGGCCCUGAGGAGGAAUGGCCGCCGUGGGCAGGCUGCUUGGUCUGCUGCGGCAGCCCGUGUUGACAGGGUAUGCUCUGGUGCAUGCCCGCCUACAUACAUCCUCCCGGCAGGCCGACAGCAACAGGGCCUCGCUCACACGUGUGCACCGACAAGCCUAUGCACGCCUCUACCCUGUGCUCCUGGUCAAGCAGGACGGCUCCACCAUCCACAUCCGCUACCGGGAGCCACGACGAAUGCUUGAGAUGCCUGUGGACCUGGACACCCUGUCCCCAGAGGAGAGGAGGGCACGGUUCCGGAAACGGGAGGCCUAGCUCCGAAAGAAAGAGAAGGAGGAGCCAGAGCUCAGUGAUGACUUUGACAUGGAGCAGUACAAGCGGUUUUGGACAAAAAAGUGAUGGGUCUGGAAGCUGCCUGCGUGGGGGAUGUGAUUUCGGGGAUGGUGUGUCUUUACAUG